GAGUUGUUACAGUUCUACAGUUGUAUUCUUCUUUUCUCUCAGCAGACUGUAUUUGGAGAACAACCAUGUCCGCUAAAGGUGGCCAACAAAAGCAAGAUCAAUGCAAAGAUCCUGACCCCUGUAAACCAGUGCAGCAAUGUCAGGAUACCAAGCCCCAAUGCAAAGAUCCUUGCGCAACAACUAACCCCUGCCAAAAACAAGGUCAAGGUCAAGGUCAAGGGCAUGAGCACCAUGGCCAUCAUGGCCACCACGGAGGCCAAGGCAACCAUGGAGGUGGAGGAGCCAAGAAGUAAAAACUCACAAGAAAUCACCCUAUUUCUUUUACCUAGCUCGAAAUACAUUACAGCCAGUUGUGCAUCAAUCACUCUCGGAUAUUUCUCGAAUUGAUACAGUAGCUGACCAUUCAUGUUUUAAAUGUAAUAAACUUAUUUAAAAAUA